AGCCGCAGCCCCAGAGAAUGAAUGAAAUUGAAAUAGCUGCUACAUUACAUGUACAAUACCGGGCUCUGCGGUGUUGCAUUCUAUCAUACUAUACCAAAAUGGCCACAGCGGUGCAGAACCCCCUCAAAUCGCAAUCUGGAGGUGCAGUCAUCAAAAACAGUCUCGGAGAGGAGUUUUAUAAGGAGGCCAUUGAACACUGUCGCAGCUACAAUGCCCGCCUGUGUGCGGAGCGCUCCAUGCGGCUCCCCUUCCUGGACUCGCAGACCGGCGUGGCCCAGAGCAACUGCUAUAUCUGGAUGGAGAAGAACCACCGUGGACCAGGUCAUGCACCAGGUCAGCUGUACACGUAUCCUGCUCGCUGCUGGCGCAAGAAGAGACGGCUAAACAUCUUGGAGGACCCACGGCUUCUACCUAUCGAAUUCAAAAUUGACUAUGAGACCUCUCUAAAGAAGGAGGGGGGCAUCCCAGACGGCCCCGUCCUGGAGUCGCUGCUUGCUGGGGAGACGCUGGACAAGAAGGUGGAGACCAAGGAAGAGGAGCCAAUGAGUGAAUGUCAGAAGCUGCUUGUUGGGGAUUUUCCUCAUGAGCUGGAGGUGGACGACAUGGAGGAAGACGUACCGAAGCGCAAGAACCGUACCAAAGCACGGGCCUAUGGUGUUGGAGGAAUGAGGAAAAGACAAGAGCUGCCUGCCAUUGAAGACAGAGAUAAGCCUUACGUCUGUGACAUCUGUGGCAAGCGAUAUAAGAACCGUCCUGGACUGAGCUACCAUUACACUCACACACACCUGGCAGAUGAGGAGGGUGAAGAGGACUCAGAGCGACACACACUUCCCUUUCAGCGCAAGAGCAACCACAAGCCUAAGAAAGCACCGGACGGCUCAGUGAUUGCCAAUGGCUACUGCGACUUUUGCCUUGGAGGCUCAAAGAAGACGGGGUGUCCCGAAGACCUUAUCUCCUGUGCGGACUGUGGACGCUCAGGCCACCCGUCCUGUCUGCAGUUCACAGUGAACAUGACGGCUGCGGUGAGGACUUAUCGCUGGCAGUGCAUCGAGUGCAAGUCCUGCAGCCUGUGUGGCACCUCUGAGAAUGACGACCAGCUGUUGUUCUGUGACGAUUGCGACAGAGGCUACCACAUGUACUGUCUGAGUCCUCCCAUGUCUGAACCACCAGAGGGGAGCUGGAGCUGUCAUCUGUGUUUGAGACAACUGAAGGAGAAGGCCUCGGCCUACAUCACCCUGACUUAAUCUGCGGAGCACGUCCUCAUGGCCCCUCGCCCUCUCCCUAACCACCUCUUUGUCGCUCCUCCCGUGUUCUUCAGCAUCUCCACCUCUCCCGUUUUACUGAUCUACUCAUUGGCACAGUCUUCACAAUCUGUCCCUGUGACCUUUGGAGCACGCAGAUUACCCACAGUGCUACGCCUGCUCUUGAACGUCUCUCCAGCGGCAAGCCACACUCCGUCCUCUUUUGCCCCCUGAAAUUCCCUUUUGUGCUUGAUCCGAACUCCAGCCUCCCUCUCCUCCGUCUCAGCAGAGGAAUUCAUCAGCCGGCAAUAAGUUUGUCAGCAAGACACACACUUCAGCCCGCCAAGGGCACUUCUGAGGCAUACUACUCCACAGGAACCCUCAUAAGGGCCUUCGGAUGAGCCCUAAUGAUCUUCAGCUGUGACUCUCUCAAGUAGUGAGUAAAAAUUAAUAAAAUGGUGACAUGUUCGCGAGAGGACGAAGCAGUGGAGAACCAUGGAGCAGUGCAUCUCAGUGUCUUUCCAACUGUGAAAUGUACAUUCAACCAAAAUUUUAUUUUCUUCUCUCUGUCCUCCUUUGUGAACGGCAGAGCUGCAGAGACGCUGAACUCUCCUCUGGUCUUUGUCUGGAUAUCUUUUUCAACCAGGGAGUAAAUUGUACAGAAUUUAAUCCGAUUUGAUUUUUGAAACACACUCUCAUGAAAAGACUCGGCUCAGUGGUAAAUAAGAGGCACCCGGUCAGGAACUCAGACCACCUUUGACCUCAUCCUUUCUUCUCUCUGUGCAUGGGGUUUCCACAACUUAAUGGUGCAUUUUAGAAAUUGACACUGAAGGUUUUUAGUGCAUGGUUUUGGCUCCUGGAUAAAUGGAGAGAAGGAUUUUGUUCUCCUCCAUUCAAAUCAAACUGUGUAUUUGAAAAAAUAACAGUUUCGGCUUAGCAUCUCUCGCAAGCCCUUACCUGACCUGCAUAUAACCUUUCCUCCCACGAAACCAUGACUGUGAAGCCAGUGCAAGACUGUAACACUUCUGGUGAUUGGUGUGUUGUCUAUGAUCUCAGAAUGUAGGACUGGUGUGUGGAAAUAUGCAGCUCUCAUGCCGAGGCCUGAAAACACGUUUUCUAUGAUUCCUUUUAUUUAUUUGUGUUCAUUUGCAUGUUAUUAUUUUUAUUCUUUAAAAAGAACUUUUAAUUGAAACGGAGAGGAAAGCACACUUAAUUCGCAAUAAUGUGUUUGUGAUACAAACUCUUCAGCCGCCCAUUGUAUCGUUGAAGUUCUGUUUGUGCCUGUGUCUUAGUGGAUUUCUUUGAACAGUGCAGUGGCCAGUCAAAUACCAGUUAGAUCUAAGAAGAGGUCAAAGACCAAGUGAUCUGAAUGUAGAACGGAAGAUUUAACAACGUACGCAGACUGACUGAGAUACAAGUCCCGCUGUAAGUUUGAAGUACAGAGUAAAGUUCAAAAUUGUUAAAGGGUCAAGUUCAAAAUUCACAUUUCAUUGUGCAACAUUUCACAGUGUUAAUUAAACAAGUGGACAUCGUCUGGCACACAAUACACUGUAUACAAAAACAAAUUCCUCCUCCUCACGUUCAUAUUUUUCCCUUUAAAGCUUUAUACCUGUAAAACAGCCUAAUAGCUUAUUCAAGACAAGCUGAUCUGAAACUGCAAACCCUGGGUACAAAUCUAUGCCAGACUUGAAUCUUGGUAGGAAACUUUUGAUAUUACCCUGAGCUUUUGGUUUGGAAUGCAGUAAAAGGAAGAUGCCAAACAUUUUGAAAUUGUUGUCUAUUCACACCAUUCCACUCAUAACAGAUUAAAUUGCUGAAUACAAUUUUUUUUCUGCAAACUUUAAUGAUUUCCCUCAUGUUUUGAGAUAGAUUUGGGACAUUAAAUCCUCCAGUCAAGGUAUAUUUCAUAUCAUAACUGCGUGUUGUCAGCAUGUAGCUGUGUUUACAGCCCUCUUUUGGGUGACGUUGCACUAGCUUUUUUGUUUUUAAGCAUCAGCUGUUGUUAUAUGCUUCUUCUGAAUUUUUAAAUUUCUUUUAAAGUGUGUCUGCAUAUAAAGGUUUUAUGACGUGUGUAGAUCCUUUCUAUCUCUUGUCUUUAACAAAUGCAGUGAUUAAAGAGAAUCGGCAUUUGACAAAGAUUGCACAGUUAUAUAUUCCACACAGUUUGACGUUUACUUAAUUGAGACAAAGUCAUUUUUGAUCCUUGUUGUUUUAUUUAUGUGUUUAUUUUUAUCAGUUUUAGCAGACUGAUUUACUUUUUAAAUAAGUUCUUUGUGCUGCAACUCACAUGAAGAGUGAUUUUGUCGGGGUGACAUAGGGUUUGGACAAGGUGCAUUCACUGAAUGGGGAAAAAAAAGUUGUUUUGAGACUCCAAGAAUCUGAGCACUGAUCAGGGCCUGUAAAGCUGGAAAUGAACAAAUUGUGGUAACCAGACAUUUGAUGGAGUGAAUUUAUAUCAUAAUUUUUUUUUUAUUAUGUUUUCAAUAUUUUAGUUUUUUAGCCAAACUCACCACACAUAGCGCUUCACAUUAGCGCCACACUCACUAACACACACAUUCAUGCACCAACACACAUAUCACUUGGCAACUUGGGGUUAAGUGCCUUCCAGGAGGAAACUGGAAUCAAAAACGUUCAGAUUGCAACUUACUACUCUUCCUACUGAGCCACAGUCGCCCACACAAUCAUCAUCAGUCUUAUCGUCUCAAGUAAAAGGGUGGAGAUGUCAUUGGUUAAAGGACAUCAGGGUUGUCACAGUCAACUUAAAAUCAUCUACAACUUCUGACUUCCAGAAACUUUCACUGUUUUUUUCUUUUUUACUAAUAUGUUAGACUUAGACAGCUGUAAACUAUGAAUUUAAUGCUUCAUUAUUCUGAUUUUACUGUUUUUGUUCCAUGCAGGAUCUGCCUACCCCAGUGCAGGGAAUAGUCCUGACAACUUAUUUGUCAUAGUGACAGCACUUAUUCAACUCAGUUCAGUUCAAUCCAGUAAUAGAUUAUUGUGCUGGAAGGGUAAUUAAACAACACUACAGUGGCUACAAUGCACUUCUUCAAAAGAUUAUUUGUUUCUGUACAAAGCAGCAACACUGACAGUAGCCUGUAGAGGAUGAGCGAGACUCGCAGCAUCAGUGAAUCUAAUUCACCUAAACAACUGAAAUGUACAUGACAAACAGCCUGGGGGACGUUCAAGGUUCAAGGCAGUUAGGUUCUGAAGAAUGAAGGUUUAGGAUAACAUAAUGGAAACAAACUUUUAGUUCUUCUGUAUCUAUAUCUAUCUAUUAAAGAAGUGAAUACUUCUAUCUUUUUCCCAUCAUGGAUAGCUCAGCCAUAUUUUCAAGAUGUUAUUCCUUAACUUAAACAAAUCAGGAGCAGAAAAAAACAGUUUUAUAUGAUACAUGUAAAAUUGUUUUUUUACAGGUGCAUAUUAGCAUACUUGGUGCACCUACAUUUUUGAAUGUUUCAGUUACCAUUAAGGUGAGCUUUGCUCAUUUUUGUGCCAUGUCUCCAAAUCUUGUCCUGCACCUCUUAGAAGACUCCAUAGUGAAUUUUGAGGCACGUUUUGUAUCACUAUGUUGCUUUAAAAUACUUUUUUUCCCACUGUACUGGUAGAACAAUUCUUGACCAUCUGUUGGCUGUGGCUUUGUGGCUUGUUUUUCAGAGCUGUUAAGUACCAGUGUAAUGGUUAGGUAAAAACAGCCAGGACUUUUUUUAAACGACUGAUCCAACUUUCCAUGUAGCUGUGGCAAUGUAGAUUAAGUGAAAGAAGUAGAAAGUUAUUACAAGAAAUUAUGAAUGCAAUUUAAGCAAGCCCUUGAUGUAAACAUGCAUAUGAAUUAACACAAUAUAGCUGCUAAGAAGCUCUUAAGAAGAUAUCAAAAGUUUGGGACUUUCUCACUACAAAUUGUUAAUGGGAAUAAAAUGUAAGACGUAAAAACAACAUUUUAAACCAAAGUUUUAAGAGUUUUUCCUCUAGAAAUUCUAAAGCCAGCCAGAAUUCUCCAAAGUGCAGUAUUUAUAUGUAUUUUAUUACAGUUUCUAAGAAAGAUCCGUGAAUUAUUUAAUAGGUCAAAGGUGUCAAUCAAGAUUAUGUCAGGUAGACAGAUUCAGAUUCCCUCACCUUUUAUCUGUUGUCACAUUUUUCUGUCUUACCAUAAAUCUUGAUAUAUUAGAAUAAGGGCCUAAAUGUGAGGAAAAAUAAGGGCGUUUGUGAAAAAUGUAAUCAUUUUCAUGAAUUGAAGUACAAGUUGCACUUCUGAUGGACUCCUGUUUUCAAUAGUGCAUGAAAAUUCAAAAAGUGUGAAGUUCACAGUGUUCCACUGUGACAUUUUAGGGUACAUUUUGCCAUGAUGUCAACUUUAAGGAUCAGCUGACUAAAUGGGAAGCAAAUCUCAAUGUUUUAUGAGUAUCACGGAGUGGUCAGAUAAUUAUUAGCCAAAUCAGUGAGAGUGCAGGUCAAGAAAGUUUCACUUUCAGUUGAAAGCUUCAGCGUGCCAUGGUGAGUGAAUCUUCAUCAGUAAAGUUUGGAUAUCAGUGUCUAGAAGCCUAGUAUGACAAUAAGUAAUGUUAUUAUUGAGUUAUUUUUGCAAUAUCUGACAGGAUAUUCCAUACUUUUUACAAGUAUGGAAUAUCCUACAAAUCUAUGGCUUUCUGGCUUAUGUGGUGAUCAAAUGAUGUGUGCUGCCAAAGGUGUAGUGAGACCAGGAUGGUGUGUAAUAUUUAUAAGGCAUUGAUCCAGAGUAGUUAGGCCUGGGUAUUAACUUUUUUAGAAAGUCAUAUUUACUAGGACUUCAUAAAUAGGAAACCAUGCAACUACAGUAUUAAUUCCGUUCUGAUUUGUUAUGUGGUGAUCAAACAUCUUAGAUAUUGUAAACUGUGCACUAAAACCCCUCCCAAAAAGCCGAAUGUAUUAACUGGAAUCAAUUUUUCUUGAAAUAUAAUAGCCAGCAAACUUGGCUACUUAAACAGUCCUUCCCAAUGUUAAUAUUGUACACACUGAAAAUGAAAUGACAAUAUGUUUCUGAUAUAUUUUACAGUCCUGAAAUAGGCCAAAAUAUGUUGGUAUGCUAACCAUGUUCAUCAUGACCUCAGUUUGCUUAACAAGAUUUUUUUUAAGCUUGCACUAAACAGCUCUCCUCUAAUUAAAGUCCUAUUGUUUUUAUCUAUAAACAGUUUAACUGGACUUUUUAAAAGCCACUUUAAUGGCCACUCUUGAUGGGCAAAGUGCUGAGUGAGAAAGAGUCACUCAGCAUUUCCAAAUCAUUUGCGGUAGCAGAGCAGAACUACAUUGAUUUGUCUGAUAGCUUUAAGCUCGGAAACAAUAGCUGUAAAUAUGAGAAUAUCUUCAGAUCAGCAAAUUACCAUUUCAUGCAAUAUUUUCCAUGCUUAUGCGUAAAUCCAUACCAUUCAAAUUUGCUGGCUUUAGUUAAAGUUGAUCUUGUUUAAAUCAUCAGCUUGUGCAAGUUUUACUCAAACAGUCCGACUGCAGGUGAAAAGUUAUGCCACCACUUCAGUUCAGAGUAAAAUCCAGCGGCGCAUGAAUGACACAUUAAGCUACUACUUAAGCUUUCAUUCAUUAUCAUUAUGUUUAGAGGGUUUUUUUCUUUUGUCUUGUUGGAUAUUACACAAUGUGGACACAUUUGGUCCUCAGGAGUGUUUUUGUGAUGUAGUGUGGGAACCCUAACCUUGACUCAGAAUUAGUGAGAAAUGCAAACUGAACCAAAACAGUUUUAUUUAUUUAUUUAUUUUUUAUGUUUGUUUUUAAAGAAAAACAUGUUUCUAAGAUGAAUGAGCUUCAUGGCAUGACAUUAUGCAAUGCUGGUCAUUUCAUCCCAUCUCUAUUUUAUGCUUCUGUGUGUAUGGUUUCAUAUCUAGUAAAGGUUUAGUUUUCCAGAAAAUCUUGAUUCGUACCCAUCCUGAAGACAUUUUGUUGUGACAGCUGAUUAAAAGUAACAUUCUGUGAUCUAAUAAUAUUUUACUGGACAAAAAUGUACAUAUAAGGUGUCAGAAUUGUCUGUCUGCAGAAAAAUCACUCAUAGAUAUUCGGCCCUUAUUAGGACUAAUAAUCUGUCCUAUUUAGUUAAUUUGCCUAAAUGGAGAUGGAAACAAGGUGCAAUAAACAAGUUGAAACAGUGAUAUAUUAUAUUGAGUUAUACUAUAAUUGAUAUCUCAGCAUUUGUAGGAUCAUUUAACUCCAUAAUUUGUAAUCAAAGCAUAUCCAUGAGAAAAGGUUGCUAUACAAUGGGCAUAAAAUGGAAGAAAGUUGGGAUGAAAUGACAGCAUGUAUGCAUAAAAAAGAAUGAUGAGUUGUCAAAAGGGCAAACUGACCUAGCUCUCAGAAAGCUGCACCGGGGUUAUAUUCACCUCAGUGUACUUACAGAAUUCACACCUUGCACUUGAAUAGCACUCUUUCACAUCGUUGAAACAGGAUGAACAUUUUCACAAACAUGCUGUCCAAUAACCUAUUCUUUUGUUAUCAUUUACCAGUCAGAGCUAACAUUUAGACUUGAAGUGUGUUUGAGUGAAAAUGUUUCUUGAUAAGCCUUAGCUGGAAAAUGUUUGUCUUUUGAGUGGCGAGUAAAGACAAUGUCAGGGGGGAGUAAACAGCCUUUUUACUGGGAGCUUUCUUGGCACUGGGAUAAGCGUGGUGGAGUCAAACUCAUUUUGAUUGUACUCUCUAGGGAGGGUGUGGAAGCCAUGUUGGACUGUGAUUGUCUGAUAAAAUGUGAGCCUUCACUUUGUACAAAAUGGACAAACCAAUGUGAAGGAGAUGUGAGGGGUGGGGACAACAGAACCCACACCCAGAUCCACGGGGCCCAUGGUUCGGCCUGGUCUUUGGCUGCUGGACGACGAGACUUUGGGCCACUCUCUGACCUUCUUGUAAAUUGUUGUUCUUCUGUGAUCUUGCUUGCACUUUUUUGUUUCCUUUCUCAAGACCCUGAAACUAAUUGUAAGUAUGUAAGUGUGUGGGUGCGAUUGCACUUUUUAUUUUUAUUCUUGCCAUUUUUAAAAAAAAAAUGUGAUUGUAUGUUGUUAUCAACACUAGAUGCAGAGCAAUUUUUAAUUUGUAUUUUCUACCUGGGAAGGAAGAUGAAAUCUUCUUGGACAUUUUUUUAACCCCCCUUCACCCUUCCGGCUCCCGGUUUCUUUCUCUGCCUGGUACCUGGGAAUGCUUUGAAGUGUGGACUGUGACUGCAUUGCUGCCAUCAUUGCUGUCAGUCAUUCUCUGUGAAUUCAUUUGGCUUUCUCAAUUUACCCAGUUUUUUCCCUUCCCUGGAAUCUUUUUUUCCAUUAAAAAUUGCAAUU